GCUCCCAGGCAGCACCUUCUCAACCAACAUACAGAUUUACAGCCCUAUGAUCUGUGGAACUACCAAGAUGUGCAGAAAGACCUGUGGAUAAUACCUGGUACCUGUCCUGAAUGCAGCCCUGUAGGACUUCCCUGCUAUGUCUGGAAGGCGUCUAGAAUGUGACCUUAAUUUCAGGACCAUGGACAGCAGCAUUGUAGAGGCAAUGGUUCCUUUUCUGAGAAUGAAGCAAGCAGGAAUCCUGCAGUACACCGUGUGCUUCUAAGGAAGAAUGAAGACAGUAUCUGCAUUUAAAGUUCCCCUUUCUGUGAAGCAAAGUCUGCUUUGAACCUCAUGCUCAUGGAUAUAUGAGAGAUGCACUUGGCAGAGGUUCUAAUGGCUAUUUUCCUCGUUGUGGUCUUUGUUGUUUCUUUACUGGCAAACUUACUGGUAGUGCUCUGUUUCAUAUGCAGUGCAGAGAUCCGAAGGCAAGUCUCUGGGAUAUUCCUGUUAAAUUUAUCUAUCUGCAAUCUCCUCUUGACUGUCCUAAACAUGCCAUCCACAUUCUUGGGGAUCUUAAAGAACCAACAGCCUUUUGGGGACUGCGUUUGCAAAGCUGUGGGCUUCUUGGAAACUUUUUUGACUUCUAAUGCCAUGUUGAGCAUGGCUGCUCUCAGCAUAGAUAAAUGGAUUGCUGUGGUUUUCCCAUUAAGUUACACCAGCAAGAUGAGGUAUAAAGAUGCUGUGAUCAUGAUGGGCUAUUCCUGGCUUCAUUCACUCACCUUCCCUUUGGUGUCCCUCUUCUUGUCCUGGUUAGACUACAGUAGCAUGUAUGCUUCUUGCACUUUGCAUGUGACAGAGGAACCUGAGACCAGGAGGUUUACUGUGUUCACCAUCGUGUUCCAUGCUGCCAGCUUCAUGCUCUCUCUGGUUAUAUUGUGUUUCACUUAUUUAAAGGUGUUAAAGGUGGCACGCUUCCAUUGCAGGAGGAUAGACAUCAUCACCAUGCAAACUCUUGUCUUGCUAGUAGACAUCCAUCCCAGCGUGAAACAGAGGUGUCUCACUGAGCAGAAAAGGAGGAGACAGCGCGCUACAAAGAAAAUCAGUAUAUUCAUAGGAUCGUUUGUGUUGUGCUUUGCUCCAUACGUUAUCACAAGGUUAAUAGAACUCCUUCCAUUUGUGAAAAUCAACAACUAUUGGGGUAUUGUGAGCAAGUGCCUGGCAUUCAGUAAAGCUGCUUUGGACCCUUUUGUAUAUUCCCUUCUGCGUCAACAGUACAAGAAAGUAUUACUCAACAUUGUCAACAGAAUACUGAAAAAAGAACUGUAUCCUUCAUCGGGUUACAACAGCUCACUCGAUACAGAAAAUGAGUACUGUUUGCACCGAACAAGUUAACCCCUCAUCGAGAGCCCGUGUUCACGCCAGUAACUUCGUUUUCUUAGUGCCA